AGCAAGGAACCCGGGGAAAGCGCGCUCUCCCACCGGAGGCACGAACGUGGCUUUAAGCGGCCGAGGACGGAGGGGAUGAGGUGGGGAUUUCCGGGCCCCUCCCGCUGAGCCAGGCCAGUCUUGCGAAGAUGGCUCCGGCUCGAGGCGCUGGGCAGCCUGAGGCGACGAAGCAUCCUGCCCCGGCCCCUCUCCCUCGAGGGGGAGACCCCCCACUUCCCAAACCCCGGCUAGCCCCGAAGACAGAGCAGCCCACAAGUGCCGCUCCUCUCCCCUACCAGCGCCCGCUCUUCGGAAAAGAAACACAGCCACGUUCCCCGCGAGAGAAACAAAAGUCUGACAUCCAUACAGAGAGAAUGAUUUAUUAAGCCGAUAGAAAGUUUCCAAAAUGGGCGCUACCCCAUUCCUAACAGCUGGCAGUUGACUAAGUGUAGGAUCCCUAACCUCCGGGGAUGGUAGGAUCGGGGCGGGAGAAGGCUGGGAGAGAUGUAGGGGGUCCUUGGGAAGGGACGCUGGAAGAAGAUCAGCGCUGUCCGGGGCCGCCAGGGAAGCCCACUUGCUAGUUUCUCGGUUUCUUUCCUUUCCCUCUCUAUCCCGUUCCAAGGCUGGGUGGUGGGAACUGCAAUCGGGAUUUAACCACUCCAGACAAAAAGUCGUUUGAGCAGUUACAUAUUGAGCUUAUUUCUAACUUUUUCCAAACCCAAGUGAACUGCUUCGGUUAUGCUCCUGAGGAGUUUGCAAAUAAUUAUUUACCUAUAAGCUUUCCAUUCUGAAAAUUCUUAAUCAUAUAAUCGAAGGGACUAUCUUGUCAUAUCUGCAUCCCCAGUAGAAGUUCAAUUUAAACAACAGAUACUUGGAAUUGAAAAUCUGCCUGCUGAAAUCUAAAAUUGAAUUUUGUAAGUUGAAUUUUGUAUUUAGUUAUUUCCUUCCAUUUAUCCCCACAAUAACAAUUUGAGAGGCAAUUGAGCUAAAGAAGAGUAACUGGCCCAAAAUCUAUCAAAGUCAAUAGCUGUGAGCGUAAGUUUUUUUAACUCUAACCCAACCCUUUAUCCACUCUGCCACAUUGGCAUCAGCAUAGUAGAAAUUGUUAGAGGCAGACCCAUUUCCCCUGCCUGUGAUACACAGGUAGUGUCACCCUUCUGAACUAGAACAGCAGCUCUUACAUGGAGUGUGCCAGAGACCUAUUUAAAUUAGCAUUCUAGUUCUAAUCACAGUCAUCCAGAUGUCCCAGCAACUGCCCAAGUCGAUUGUGCCAGUGCAGGACUCACUUCCCUGGAGACUGCCUUAGCCGAGUGCAUGGAGGCACUGAAUUGUUUCCUGCACAACCAGUUCAGUAAGAGCUUGGAAAUGCUGCGGCCCAGGACUGGAGAAAGCAUGUACCAUGCCUUAAUUUAUGCCACCAUCCUGGAGAUGCAAGCCAUGAUGACUUUUGAACAUGAAGAUAUUGUCCAUGCAGGGCACACCAUGAAAGAAGCCCAGGAGAUCUGUCAGAGAUUUCGGAGGAAAACCACUGUGACUGGUACCUUCUCUAGUCGGCAAGGUGGAGAUGCUUGUACGGAAGAGGAACUGCAUGCUGAAGUAUGUUAUGCAGAAUGCUUAUUGCACCGGGCAGCCCUCAUCUUCCUCCAGGAUGAAAACAUGGUUAAUUUCUUAAAAGGAGGAAUCAAGGUGCGUAACAGCUACCUCAUCUACAGAGAGCUGAACGCUUUCAUCCAACCUAGUUGCUUGCCUGCAAACUCUGUUCGUAUCCAUCUGGAGGGGGGAAUUGCUCUUGGCAUUGGUGCCUUCAAUUUGACUCUCUCCCUCUUCCCACCCCGGAUUUUGAGACUUCUGGAAUUUGCUGGGUUUUCAGGGGACAAGGAUUAUGGUUUGCAAAAACUACAUCAGGGAGCCACGACAGCCAACCUGCGGGCUCUGCUUUGUACAAUGUUGCUUCUCUGCUACUAUACUUUCCUUACCUUCAUCUUAGGAAUUGGUGAAGAUGAUUUCACAGAGGCUGAGGCCCUACUGAAGCCAUACCUCUCCCGCUAUCCACAGAGUGCCAUUUUCUUGUUCUUUGCUGGGAGGAUAGAGGAAAUCAAAGGGAACAUCAAUGAGGCCAUCAAGAAAUUUGAAGAAGGCUGCUCAGCACAGCAAGCUUGGAAGCAGUUUCAUCACAUGUGCUACUGGGAACUGAUGUGGUGCUUUGCCUACAAAGGAAUGUGGAAGAUGGCAUACUUCUAUGCAGAUCUGCUGAGCAAGGAGAACCGCUGGUCUAAGGCAAUGUAUGUAUAUAUGAAAGCUGCCUUCCUUAGCAUGCUGCCUGCAAAUGAGCCACGGCCCUUUGGUGAAGUAGAGGUUGAACUUUUUAGGCAGGUUUCCUCUUUCAAACAGAGAAUUGCUGGGAAAUCACCACCCACAGAGAAAUUUGCCAUUCGGAAGGCAAGGCGCUACAAAUCGCGUGACCUGGUUCCCUUACCUGUGCCAGCCCUGGAAAUGAUGUACAUGUGGAAUGGAUUUACAGUGCUAGGCAAGCAGCAAGAGUUGUUGGAAGGAACUUUAGACACUCUGAUACAGGCUGAGAAGCAGCUACAAGAAGCACCAGCCAGUGAGUACCAGGUAGAUGACCAGUGUCUCGUGUUACUUCUCAAAGGUCUUGUCUUCAAGCAUUUGCACAGUUUGACCGAGGCUGAAGCGUGCUUCAGUGCUAUCCAUAACAGUGAGAAGAAGAUCAGGUAUGAUCAUUACUUGGUACCUAAUGCACUAUUGGAAUUGAGUCUGCUGUAUGUGGCACAAGGCCAAAAUGAAGAGGCUGUGCAGUUGCUCCGCAGAGCCAAGAACAACUACAAAAAUUAUUCAAUGGAGUCACGAACACUGUUCCGGAUCCAUGCUGUAUUGUCCAAACUUAAGGCCAACCAGGAAGAAAAUGAUGCAGAUGGAACCAGUCCUUCCUAAGGCAACAGGUUUCCUCACAAACUGUUGUUAGGGGUGCUUGGACCAAAGAAAGAACUGCCAAAACACGAGGGCUUGGGAUGCCGUCUUCCUCCUCGGGUGGGCCUAUUUGAAGAAGUGUAUUGUAAUUGUACCACUGGGCUUCUGGCCUAGUGUUUGAUGUCUUAUGAUGAGCAUGGAUGGGUCUUACCUAACUGAACUUCAGUUUCCAAAACCAGAGAGUAGCUAUGAAAAUGCUGCUUUUUAAUUAAUGGAGCUGACAGGAGCAGCCAAUCUUCAAUAUUCCAUGAUAUAUUCUGUCAGUCAACCCAAAUGAGGGCUACGUUUGUCCUAUUUUGUUCAAUCUUAUCAUAACUUUGAAAUAACAUGGAUAUUCCAACAUCCUAAUGUUUCUUUUUUUUCUUUUUAAUUUUAUGAGAAAUCCUCACCCACUUUCUUUCUCAGUCUGUGCUCCUUAACCAGCAAGGCACAUCAGAUGGUCCUUCCUGUCACAUUGGGAAUGAGCUUAAUAGUGCAAUUAAUUCAGCAAAGAUUUCCAGUUUUGGCUGGAAACAUCAUAGAACCUCAACUCUCUGCAGUGGCCUUCUCUUUUUCAAAAGAACAGAGAAUGUUGUUGUUGUUUUUUUACGAAACUUAAUCAGCUCAAUCUCUAUUUAAGAACAUUUCUAAAUGUUGGAAAGUGAUUUAAAAGCAUUGGGGAUGGGUGCAAACAAUCUGGCCAAAAUCCCUUAAAUCAGGAAGCGGUUUAUAUUGCAGAAUGAUGAAUAGUAACUGGACUUAAGACAUUUUCAAAAGCUUAUGACUACUUCCAGAAUUCUGUUCACGUCAAUACUCGCCCCAGUAUUUUCUUUGCUGAUCAGUUUGUCAAAAACAGCUGAUGGAUCUUAUCAGUUUUCAAUCUGUUUAUUGUAUUAAAAACUAAGAUUGGUUCCACAGAUUCACUGGGCUAUUGAAAUAUGGUUUUAUUUUCUUUUUAAAAAGCAGUUUCAAUGCCUUUGUUGGUUGUCUCAUCUACCCAGGACACUUCUUGCCAUACUGUUACUCAGGACUUGCUUAUUAUAUAACUAAGCCAAUAAGCCAAUGUGGUUUUUGUUGUACUUGUUUGCAUUCCUUAUUUUAAAAUUACAUUUGGUGUAAUUAGCAUUAACAAUGAUGGAAAGGCAAAAAGGGGACAUUUUGGCAUAUCUUCUUUUGUGUAGUCAUGACAUUUGAACAUGCUAUCUUUCAUUGUUUUUACUUGCUCUUCUGGCUUCCCUUAUUUUUGUUGUUAGUAUUCCUCCUCCUAAGAACAAUUUUCAUAGAGUGAGUAAAAUCUAUUAUGUUAAAUGGUAUUUAAAUUGUCAGUUCUUGCUACAGUAGCACUUACACCUAGCAACAGAAACAGUGAACAGUUCAUUUAUUAGCUAAAACAGAAUCAAAUGACAUUCUGAAGAAUGAUAGGAAGUGGGUUAAUCCCACUGACCAAUACAUUUCAUACCUUGUGUUCCUGAAACAUUAUAGCAUAAGAUUUGUCCCAAAUGUGCUUUUCCAAAAAGCAACUGGCCUUUCUUGGUUUUUCUGAACUACAGAACUGAAGAAGCUUCUUGGAUGAGAAGCAAAAUGUUUUCCAAAAACCAAGAAAGUCCAGUUGCCUUUUAGAAAAGCACCUUUGGUAAAACCCUGACUUGCAUGAUUACUUCCAAAGACAUUAAACCCAUAAGAUUUGUUUGCCCAAUGUGGAUCAUAUUAAUUCUUGUCCAAUCUAAGAGCAAACUUCAACUAGAUAAUAUUAUAUCAUAUAAUGUGAGCAUAUUAACAUAACCAGGCACAGAAAAGCACAUUUGAAAGUAUGUAAAUAUAGAGUUUGGCCUAUUCUUCAAUGACUGAAUAUAAAUGAAAUCAGUUCUACUUCUGUUGUGUUGUAGAUUUAUUGCUAAAACAUCUACUUUACUGUUACUUGAGUUAUCCUUUGUUUGAUGUUGGUUCUUUGUCGUGUUUC